AUGGAUCUCCAUAAUCCCUCGCCACAGCCGGAUCUGGCCCGGAACAGGCUUCCUACCCUCUUUGAAGUUCUUAGCAGAAGGACAUUAGCGCCAGUAGAUUUGUUCGCAUUCUACAUCUACAUGAGAGAUCAACAGAGAUCGGUGGACUAUCUAGAUUUUUGGCUCGAUGUCGCCCAACACAUGUCGCUAUGUAGGCAUUAUGUCCGAGAACUACGACGAUCCGUGAUGAUUGGGACUCCAGAUGGCGACAAGUCGGCCUCGAAAAGAUCUUCUGCUUAUUUGGAGGGAAUGGGGGACUUGAUUCACCCAGCAGGAGGACCAUCGACGUUGAUGACGGAAAAGGAGAAGAACCAAGAUGCUCAAAUGUCAGCUUUCCUCCGCGAAGAAGGCUCAAACGGUAACGGCAUGGGACACUCCCCAUCUGCAAGUUUUGGCUCGCACGCAUCAAACAACCAUCGCUCGACGUCAAAUGAUCAGCCACGGCCGAGUUUCAUGAACAGCGCACAUGAACAGGCAUCAGACUCGAAUUCCCCAGCUCAUACCGUUGCGCGAGCAGAUAUCAGAGCCUCGGCCGAGAAGAUCCUCUAUACAUACCUUUUACCUGGCGCUGAGCGCGAAAUCAUCCUUCCACACGCCAUCACCCAUGAAAUUACCCUCUCGAUCGAAGAACGCGGACGCGAUGACCCAGAAGUCUUUGACGCGGCCAAGGACUACGUUUUCCAAGCCAUGGAACGCGAUGCCUUUCCCGGCUUCCUACGCAUGAAGGCACUUGGAAACCUUGUUCCAACAUCUAUGAUUAUGAGAGUUAUCCUUGGUCUCAUCGCCAUGUUUGCCGGAUUCUGGGUAGCUUUCGUGUUCAUCUUCCUAGAUUACCCCAGGCACACUAGAGUCUGGCUCCUCCUCCCUUUCACACUAGGCGUCUAUGCCCUCUGUUCCCACCAAUACCGCCUCGACCCCAUCCUUGCCCUCGCCGGCUUCAGCGAAUACACCUUCAUGUCAUUCACCAAGAUCCGCGAGCCCUACGUCCGCAAACUGCUCAACAAGCGCGCCCUCAUGGUCCUAGCCGUCACCAUCCUAAUAGACACAGCGCUAGUUGUGCUUUUUGUCUUUGUGCCCGGGAAGAGGUUGUAA